AUGGUGAAUACAACAAGGAGAAUUGCUAAGGAAUGGAAAUUGUUUUCAAAUGUGAAUAGCUCUGAGAAGGCUACGAUUCUUAUACUAUGGGAUCCUAACAUUCUGGAUAUUCAACAAAUUAACCUAUCUAGCCAACAGAUUUCAUGUAGGGUCAAUUCUAUUGAUGGAAGGUUUUCAUGUGUGAUAUCAUCAGUGUAUGACUAUAAUAAUAUGCAAACAAGGAAGGAUUUAUGGACAGAAUUAUCUCUUAUUCAUAAUUCAAUUGGUAGCAUACCAUGGCUUAUAUGUGGAGACUUCAAUACAGAGCUAUGCAGUGAUGAGAAACUGGGUGGCUCUGAUUUAACUGAUGGCCUGAUGCUGAUACCAAUGACUUUAGCUUAUUUAUUGAAGAUUUUAAACUCUAGUCAUGUGGAGUUCAUGUUACCUAAUUUUUCAGAUCAUUCCCAGCUAUUGUCUCAGUUUAUGAUGAUUGUUCUCAAGCUGAAAGGAGCUUUAAAGUCUCUUAAUAAAAGGCAUUUUGGAAAUAUAAGUGAACAAGUUAUAAGAGCUAAAGUUGAGUUGGAGGAUAUCCAAAAGAAACUUCAGGCUGACCCUCUCAAUCCUGCCUUUAUCAAUCAAGAAAGGGAGUCUAUUGUUUUAUACAAUAAGCUCUUAGAUCAUGAACUAUCUUUCUAUCAGCAGAAAGCAAGAACUGCCUGGUCUAUUCAAGGUGACAGAAAUUCAAAGCUUUUUCAUUCAGCUAUUAAAACCAACAGGCACAAUAAUAGAAUUCUGGUCCUCUAUAAUAGCCAGGGAGCUAGGCUUACUGAUGGUGAUGAAAUAGCGAAGGAGUUUAUCUCUUUUUAUAAAAACUUGAUGGGUACAGCAGUUCAUACUUCCAAACCUGAAGAUCUAGUUAUUCAAUAA